AUGGAUGACCAGGACGACUUUGGGAAGCUGGCACGUGACAGCGAUACACUUUCUCCCUUACCAAAUUCUUAUCGGACUGGACUCAUUGCUGUUGGAACCGCUGCCUUGAUUUCCUUCAUCUCAACCACUACGCUCUUUCUUUUUCUAUCAUACAAGCUCGUGGCCGGUAAUACUGCGAGAUGGCGCCAACCGACUCGAGCACAUGCUACAAUGAACGACCUCAACAACCUGGAUCUUCCAGUUCGGCACUAUCCUCUCCGCAGUUCAUCAUCUCAGCAACUUGAAGCAGACUCGAAGCAGAGACCGCCAACACUGCUAUCAUCCAAAGAGAAGGCUUGCAAUCCUUUUCCGCUUUUCAUUUACCACUUACUCUUCGCAGAAAUGCAAACAGCCCUCGGGUACACACUCAAUCUUGAGUGGGUAAUGCGUGAUGGGAUAUAUGUUGGCACUACCACCUGCUGGGCCCAAGGCUGGCUCAACUCUAUUGGAGUUUUGUCCAGCAGUGUUUUUCUAAUUUCCAUUUCUGUCAACACUUACUUGUCUGUCGUGCGAGGCUGGCGGCCACCUCAGUGUCUCACGCAUAUCUGGAUCGCGCUCUGUUGGGUACUGGUACUCUGCCUGACGUUUGCUGGGAUCAUACGAACCAACAACGGUGCGGCCGUAGGAGGUUGGUUUGUUAGAGCCAAUACAUGGUGCUGGGUCAAUGCCACGUAUUCGUCGGCGCGCCUGUGGAGCGAAUGGGCCUGGAUCCUGUGCUCGAUUCCUCUCACGAUCCUUCUCUAUAGUGCCGUCUUCUGGUCUCUUUACAGCGAGAACAGAUCCUCCCGACAUCUUCCCGGAAGGCUCGCAUCUCACGGAGGAAACAUGCCUUCGGGCCACCAUCCCGCUUUUCUAGUGUACCCGUUCAUAUAUAUACUGUGUACGAGUCCCUUGGCAAUAGCUCGCCUCAUCACUAUCAGUGGAGGUAGCCCAAGCGCGACAUACUACUACAUCGCGGGCCUGACGCUAGCCACCAACGGCUUCUGGAACACCAUCCUCUGGUCGACCACGAUAAUCUACUCCACCCCGGAAGACAUGCGCAACACGGGCCUCGACGAUUUCGCCUUCAUCCGGACGCCCACGUCCCGCCGGUACGGUAACAUGGUAUGGAUCAAUGGGCCGGGCACCCAGCGCAGCCAUGCCGCCGCGGCAGGCGACGGCUCGUGGUGGUGGUGGAAAACGGGCGGGGCGACGCGCAGGAAGCGCGCCGUGUCCCGCAACACCAGCCAGGAAUCUCUGAGGGGAGGAGCGGGAGGAGGCGGCGGUGAGACCGUCCCGGACAACUGCAUCCACCUGGACGUCAUCACCACGGUGGUCGUCGAGGAGAACGUCGACACGGUGGCGGACACGAUCCACUCGGCCAACACCAGCACCUCGGGGGAGAAGCUGGACCAGCAGCACGUGUCUGGGAGUUUGGUCAUGAGAAAAUGAAGACACGUGCGAGAAAAAUGCAUCGAGGCCUUGCUCCCAUCAUGCGGUCGGUCUUAUGGAAAUGACAGUCAUGUGCGGUCUUGGCGAAGCCCAGCGUUUAUGGGGUUUGGAGUACCGCAGAAUGUUUAAAUGGGGGAUAACGUUUUCAAAAAAGGGACUGUUAAAUUCAACUGCCGAGGGU